AUGCUGGACUGGGCAGCUCUUGCAUUGGUGAAGGUGAUCAUGUCCCUCCUGGCGGCAGAGCUUUGGUUGCGAGACAUCGAAAUGGGUCGAAUCCUGGGUGAGCUGAGGGCCCCAGAGUUGGGAACAGAAGGGCAGCUGCUGGUGAAACAGGCCGUCGGGAUAAUUUCCUUCUGUCUGAUCCCAUUCUCCAGUGGCUCAGAGAAAAGAAUACCAGUACAAACUCCUCCUCCUUAA